AUGGUAAAGGUUGCAUUUUUAGGUCCUUUGAGCACAUAUAGUCAUGAAGCUGCAUUACAGCAUACCACUGAUGUAAAUGCUGAGCUGAUUCCAGUUAGUACCAUCGGUGAUUGCUUCGCUGCGCUUAAAGCUGCGGAUACCAUCGACUUAGCUGUCGUUCCGUUAGAAAACUCUACCAAUGGUCAGGUAGUUUCCACUUAUGAUUUACUUAGAGAUGAUAUGCUAGAAGCUACUACAGAGGAAGAGGGUAAGGUGGAACCUGAAUUGGUUAUUGUAGGGCAGCAAUUUGUAUCCAUCGUUCAUUGUUUGAUUAGUCCGGUACCUCUAAGCAUCGAAGACCUCAAAAAUAUAAAGCCAAAAUGUAUAUAUUCACACCCUCAGGUCUGGGGCCAGGUAACAAAAUAUCUUAAACAACUCCAUGAAGCAGCUGGGCUUACUUUGUCAAAUAUUGACACCAACUCCACAACAAGUGCUGUAGUGCAGGUUAAAAAACAGUAUGAAGAAACCGGUACCAUAUCUCUUGCAAUUGCUAGUCGCAAAGCAGCAUCUGUGAAUGGAGCUUAUAUUAUAGAAGAGAAUAUCAAUGACGCCGAAGGUAACAUUACAAGGUUCCUAGUAUUACAGCGAAGGUCAAAGGUAACCUUUCCAGUAGAACCUCAAUCCCCUCAAAAUCAUGAACUAAUUAAAAUGAUAGCCUUUACCACAGAGCGCGACGCCCCUGGGUCCCUAAGCGACGUCCUCUCAGUGUUCAAAAAGCAUGAAAUAAACAUGUGCUCCAUCAUGUCAAGACCUUAUUGUCGCCGUGGGGACUCCCGCAAAUGGCAGUACGUUUUUUUUAUUGAGUACGAAGACAAGGAAUACCUUCCUUGGGAUCAAAUAGAGAGUGAGCUCACUGUGCAUUGUCAAAGCUGGUGCCAGUGGGGCCAAUUCUAUCGUGACAGCAAAUAUUAUUGA